ACGUUUACAGUAGCUAUGUCCUUAUUGAGUUAAAUUAACAGUAUGCGGCGAUGGAUGAGUUAACUGUGCAUUCCCAGCAAUUCGCCUUGAUAUUGUUUUCCCUGUUUCUAGUUUUUCAUCGAAUAAAUCUAACCGUAUGAAUGAUUUGGUGAAACCAGCUAGCUAGGCGGCUGAGCUGGGAUAUUUCUUUCAGCACUGGGUUUGUUCUAUGGAUUCACGGGUACUGGAGCUUUUCUGUAACGUUCCAGGCUCUGGAUUAACGUAAAGUUAAAACCGCUUGGAUUACAAUCUGGUUCGGGCCGCGGGUUCAGGAUGAGGUCCAAAAAAACAUGCUCGAAAAACAACAAAAAGUCAAAGAAUCGAGCCACCAGGAAUACCAAAUCAUGCAAAAACCCGCCGUAUUUGCCUCCUGAGGCUGAAGAAGGUAACAUAGAAUACAAGCUGAAGCUGGUGAACCCCACGCUCUCGCGCUUCGAGCACCUGGUGACGCAGAUGAAGUGGAGGCUGCAGGAGGGGCGGGGCGAGGCCGUCUAUCAGAUCGGCGUAGAGGACAACGGCCUGCUGGUGGGCCUAUCAGAGGAGGACAUGAGGGCAUCGCUCAAAACCCUGCGCAGGAUGGCCGAGAAGGUGGGCGCUGACAUCACCAUCCUCAGAGAGCGGGAGGUGGACUACGACUCGGACACCCCCAGGAAAAUCGCUGAGGUUUUAGUGCGGAAGGUUCCGGACGAUCAGCAGUUCCUGGACCUGCGGGUGGCGGUGCUGGGGAACGUGGACUCGGGGAAGUCCACCCUGCUGGGGGUUCUGACCCAGGGGGAGCUGGAUAACGGGCGCGGCCGGGCCCGGCUCAACCUCUUCAGACACCUCCACGAGAUCCAGACCGGCCGCACCUCCAGCAUCAGCUUCGAGAUCCUGGGCUUCAACAGCAAGGGAGAGGUGGUGAACUACAGUGGCUCUCGCACGGCGGAGCAGAUCUGUGAGAGCAGCUCUAAGAUGAUCACCUUCAUCGACCUGGCCGGCCACCACAAGUACCUGAAGACCACCAUCUUCGGCCUGACCAGCUACUGCCCCGACUUCGCCAUGCUGGUGGUGGGAGCCAACACGGGCAUCGCGGGGACCACGCGGGAGCACCUGGGCCUGGCGAUGGCGCUGAAGGUGCCCAUCUUCAUCACGGUGACGAAGGUGGACCUGUGCUCGCGCGGGACGGUGGAGCGGACCGUCCGGCAGCUGGAGCGGGUUCUGAAGCAGCCCGGCUGCAACAAGGUGCCCCUGCUGGUGUCCACGGCCGACGACGCGGUCACCGCCGCCCAGAGGUUCGCCCAGUCCCCCAGCAUCACGCCCAUCUUCACCCUGUCCAGCGUGUCGGGGGAGAGUCUGGAUCUGCUCAAGGUCUUCCUCAACAUCCUGCCCCCCCUCAGCAACAGCAAGGAGCAGGAGGAGCUGAUGCAGCAGCUCACUGAGUUUCAGGUGGAUGAGAUUUACACUGUGCCGGAGGUGGGGACUGUGGUGGGAGGAACUCUGUACAGUGGGAUCUGCCGGGAGGGGGACCGGCUGGUGGUGGGCCCCACAGACGAGGGCCGGUUCCUGGGGUUAAAGGUCAGCAGCAUGCAGAGGAACCGCUCAGCCUGCAGGGUGCUGAGAGCAGGGCAGGCCGCUACGCUAGCGCUGGGCAACUUCAACCGCUCCCUGCUACGCAAGGGCAUGGUGAUGGUGAGCCCGGAGAUGAACCCCACGAUCUGCUGGCUGUUUGAGGCGGAGAUCGUGCUGUUGUUCCACGCCAGAACCUUCCGGAAGGGCUUCCAGGUGACGGUGCACGUGGGAAACGUGCGGCAGACCGCCAUCGUGGAGCGCCUGCAUGGGAAGGAGGAGCUGCGGACCGGGGAGAAGGCGGUGGUGCGGUUCCGCUUCAUCAAACACCCCGAGUACCUGAAGCUGGGGGCCAAGCUGCUGUUCAGAGAGGGCGUGACCAAGGGCAUCGGCCACGUCACUCACCUGCAGCCCGCCUCCCUGCUGCACCAGCCCCGCCCCUAAACGCCAUGGAAACGCCCAGAGCCCCCCCCACCCACCCAUGUCUGAACGCCUUUCUCCCUUUUAAAAACAUUUGUACCUGUAACUGUUUUAUUUGCAAGUGUCCUGCAUUAUAAGCAACCAUAGCCUUGUUUUCAGAAACUGGUUUAACUCCCACUGGCUGAGGUGUCCGGAUUUUUUCCUUCACUUUUAAAAUAAUAAUAAUAGUAAUAAUAAUAAUUCUGGUGUUUGUGGGUAGUCCAUUGGGAGAAUGCAGGCUUGGCCAGUAUUCAAUCAACUUUGUCCUUUGACUGGAACAUGUAAACGCUAAUGUUACACUUGCUAGCUGCCUGGUUAGAAUCAGUGUUAACAGUAUGGUCUGAUAUCUGUUGCUUUUUCAAACAGCAGUGCCCUCUACAGGUCAAGGUGUGUAACAGUUCUCCAUUUUCUCAAUCACACAGAUUCUGAGCCACUCUCUCCUCUACAGAAGUCAUUCACAGUGUUAUGAUGAGAGAGGGUGGGUGUACCUUAUCCUCCACUGCAUGUUAUCGUGCUUGUUGCUAGGAAACGGACGGCCUACAAACAGACCCCAUCUCAUGACAAACAUAUUUAACCCACAAUGCAUCUGUGUUAACCAGAGACUGAUGCAUUUCCAGUUAACCGUUGCAAAAGAGAAUGUGUUUAAAUCCAUCAUAAAUAUUGUAUUUUUAAACUUAGUCAACAUGCAUUAGAAAAUAAUUCAUUAUGCAAGGAGGCUAUGAAAGUCUGCGGAAGUGUGGCGGGGUGGUUUUCGAUGGGGAGUAACGAGGACGCAACAGCACUCAUGAACAGCAUAGUCUGUGGAGCCGCAACACAGUCACCUCCAUUUCGGACCCAUCCCCAGCUCUAGAGCGCUGGUGUCCGUUCACCCUGUUGGGCUGGUUUUCUCCUGACGGCAGAAUCUCUUUUCUGAAAACAUUCUGGGUGUUUUCUGCAGUGAAAGUGCAGUGUAGCCCUGAGACUGUAGACCUGUAGGUCCUGAGUGAACACUGAACGACUCUGUAAGCAGCUUAGAGGGCAGUAAGCCCGUUACGAGACCCUGACGGGUGUUACGUGCUUUUAGGCAGGUCCUGCCAGCUCCAGACUCACUGUGCCACAGCCCCCGUGUGGGCCAGCGCACUUUCACACUGCGAGAUCAGCGUCCCGAUUCCUUCACUUCUAAAUAAGGGUUCCGUUCUCUCCGUUUCUUACGUAACCAACCUCAUUACACUCAGCUCUCACUGAACUCACAUUGCAUGAAAGAAAAUCUGAAUAAUUCAGAUUAAUGCAAGAUGUUUUAUUAUAAACAUGGGUCUGGGUUACUCUUCACUGCAGUAAAGCCAUCUCCCAAUAUCCUGCAACCAGAUCAACAGCCUGACAGUUUCCCAGCGGUGACUGAAAUCACUGACAGGCAGGAUUAUGGCCCUGUUAUGGCUGAGAAGCAGUAAAAAGUGUUAAAUCUCCCCUUUAAAGUGCUCAAUUUUAUUUUAUCUUUACUAUGCAUUUAGCCCACUUCAGUGUUACAUUUUCACGAGUACGAUUCGCUGUCCAGGAUAGCGGUCGGAAACAGUGGCUAAGGAUCAACACGAGCUUCUGUGCAUUUGUGCUGCGUCUCUGAAACACGCGGGUGUGUGUCAUCUGUGGUCCCGGCAGCUGUGCCCGUCUGUAGUCCUGCUUCUCUCCGCUAACUGAUACGACCGGCUCGGCGUCCCUGGAGCCGGCGGACAGAGAGGGGGCAGCCGUUUACAGACAGGGAGGGUGGUAUAUCUCUACAUUGUGACUGCAAAGUUCUGGAGCUUCUGUUAUUUUUUAGUCGAUUUGGUGCAAAAACCUUUGCCAUUUUGUUGGUGCAAACGAUCCCUUAAUCCUCUAGGCUGGUGUCUGUGCUGGAAGCCAAAUCUAGACUCAGUGCAUGUUUAGCAAUGUCCCCCCCCCCUCCCUGACUGGGGAAAAGAUUAUAUUUAAUCCCAUCUGUGUGCUCUGUCCACUGUGCAUCCAUGUGUGUGGCUCUUGUGCAAUUAUAGAAGCAGUGAAUGUAUAUGAACCAAAAGAGUUUUGUAUAGAAGAUUAAUAAAUAUUUAACCGUGAGGUCUGUUGUUGAAUUUGCAUCGAUCAGAUACUAUUUUGUGUAUGCAUUUCAGUACAGCAGUGUGUUCAUGUUUAGUGUCUGUACGGUUCAGUUCAGUUCUGAUGAGCAUGCUGAUCUGUUGUCCUGUAAAAAUACUGAAAAUUAUUUUCUGCGAAUGCUACUUAAUGUUUCUACAAUAGUUGGAAUACUCGAGUCUCCACAUAAAUUGUAAUAUUGUUGUAAUAUUAGUCAUCAUUUUCAGUGAACUUGCAGACAUACAAAUAUAGCACAAAUAUAGUUUGUUCAGUGUGCUGUACAUAAAUGAACUUAUUUACUCAG